AUGGCGGGCGCCGCCGCCGCCGCUCCGAUGGACAUCGACGGCGCCGCCGCGCCCCCGGCCUUCAAGGGCAAGGCGCCGCUCUCCGCCGCCGCCGCCGUCAAGUCCUCGCCCUGGGUCGAGAAGUACCGGCCCCAGUCCCUCGCCGACGUCGCCGCCCACCGCGACAUCGUCGACACCAUUGACAGACUUACAGACGAGAAUAGGCUUCCCCAUUUGUUGCUCUACGGUCCACCUGGCACUGGGAAAACAUCGACAAUACUAGCUGUCGCGAGGAAGAUAUAUGGCGCACAGUAUGGCAACAUGAUUCUGGAGCUCAAUGCAUCAGAUGAACGUGGAAUUGGUGUUGUAAGGCAGCAGAUACAGGACUUUGCUAGUGCACACAGCCUCUCUUUUGGAGCAAAGCCUGCUGUUAAGUUGGUCCUCUUGGAUGAAGCAGAUGCCAUGACCAAGGAUGCACAAUUUGCAUUGCGAAGAGUCAUUGAGAAGUAUACAAGGAGCACAAGGUUUGCACUCAUAUGCAAUCAUGUGAACAAAAUCAUCCCGGCACUGCAAUCAAGGUGCACUAGGUUUAGGUUUGCUCCACUUGAUGGCUCUCAUGUUACUGAGCGUCUUCGACAUAUAAUAAAAUCUGAGGGGCUUGAUGUAGAUGAGGGUGGCUUGACUGCCCUUGUGCGGUUAAGUAACGGUGACAUGAGGAAGUCAUUGAAUAUAUUGCAGUCAACACACAUGGCAUCCCAGCAAAUAACAGAAGAAGCUGUCUACCUUUGCACGGGAAACCCCAUGCCUAAAGAUAUUGAGCAGAUAGCGUUUUGGUUACUAAAUGAACCAUUUUCAACCAGCUUCAAACAUAUAGCUGAUAUGAAGAUGAGAAAAGGUCUGGCCUUGAUUGAUAUCAUACGGGAGGUCACUAUGUUUGUGUUCAAAAUAAAAAUGCCAUCCAAUGUACGAGUAAAGUUGAUCAAUGAUUUGGCAGAUAUCGAGUAUCGGCUUACCUUCGCCUGCAAUGAUAAACUUCAGCUUGGGGCACUGAUCUCGACUUUCACGACUGCACGCACGGCUAUGGUUGCUGCUGCAGACUAA